AUGAUUGUAUAUGCCAGUGACUGGGCGAUUUCCGCCUCGUUAAUGCAAGCACACGACGAAAUCUACCAUCCUGUUGUGUUCGCUAGCCGCACGCUAAAGGUGAAUGAGCUGAGCUACAACGUGUCAGAAAAAGAAGUGUUGGCAUUGCUGAGGAUCUGGGACCUCUACUACAAUUUAUUGGUGGGGCGUGAGAUCCGGGUCCUGACGAGGCAUUCCAUGCCGGCUGUUCAAGUCGGCGCGAUUACAAGGUCGUUUAGGAUAAUGGUCCACCCUCCUGGCCCCGUGGACUCUCGAGAUCACGAGAUGCACGAAAGGAGAAGACGAGAUACUGGAGGCGAUCGCUGCCAGCAUCACACUGAGGUCAAAGAUCGACGACACCUUAACCGCUAUCGCCCCCAAGGAACCCAAACGCCGGACUCAAACGACGAUACCCACCCGGGGUGGGGGGGCGCGUUCAGCGCGAUCGUGUGGAGUCUGCCCGGGUGGAAGGUGGUCAAGGCCAAAUCAUGCUAUCUCGAGAAUCUCACCGUGAAUGACGCAGAGUACAACGGCCUCCUGUUGGGACUCGACAUGCUAGCGGACCUCGACCGUAAGCGCCUAGUUCGGGGCGAGAUCGAUUGCAAGUCACCCGGGCUGACGCUAUGGAGGCAGAAAGCUCUCGAUCGCUUGAGGGAAUGGAGUGAUCAUGAGCUAGUGCAUGUGAAGAGAGACUGGAAUGGGAGUGUUGACAGUCUAGCGAGUGCCGUUUUGCAACGCCAAGGUGGGAUCGAGGUCCAUAGCGGUACCGAACACCAAGAUUUGGUUACCCUAAACCGGCUGGACGAGAUCCUCGUACACAUGACCGAGAAUCCCAUGGACCUGAUCCGAGAAAUGCGCGUCGAUCGGAUCAGACAAGCUCAGGAUGAGGAGGUCUGGAUCACUGGAAUGAAGAAGUAUCUGAGUGGUUCGUUCGCCGACUUCACGCAAGCGGAAGCCAGAUCAUACGGCAAGAUUACGGCCGAUUACGAGGUGGACAAACAAGAUCUACUCGUUUACUGCCCUCCCACACCGAGAUCGGGGGACGAUCGCGAUCGGUUGCUGAGACUGGUAGUACCCGAAACGUUGCAAUCGGACGUCCUACACCACUAUCAUACGACGUUAGAGGGCGGACAUCAACGAAUUGGCCGCACCUACCAGCGGAUCCGAAAUCAUGUCCAUUGGAGGGGACUAUACCGAAGCGUUCAGAGAUACGUGGGAGAAUUCGUGGACUGCAAAACAGGAAAAGGGAGACCCGUUAUCCAAGGAGAAUCACCAGGGAAUCUACAAGCAACGUAUCCAUUCCAGAUCAUUGCGAUGGAUCAUAUACCGUCGUUACCCAGAUCGAAUAAAGGGAACACUGAGCUGUUGAUCUGGGUCGAUCUAUUCACGGGAUACGUGGUCGCAAAGGCUAGCUCGUCUCGAACGGCCCAGACGGUCGCGGAAUCUUACGAAGAGUGUGUAUUUAGGGGCUUCCGUGCUAGCGAGAUUAUCAGACACGAUCGAGAGCCCGGGGUCAUGUCCGACUUCUUCAGAUCGUUCAAUAAAAUCCUGGGACAACGUCAGCGAGCAACGAUGGUGUAUCGACCUCAAGCCAACGGGAUCGCGGAACGAAUGGUACAGCCAGCGACCGGGGCGCUCAAGAUGUAUGUGCAUGAUCUAGAUCAGAAGGAUUGGGGCGAGUACGCAGAGCGCCUCAUGUUCGCGAUCAAUACGCUCACAAUCGAAUUCGAGGAGACGCACCUCAAUAUCAGGUGCACGGGUGGGAUC